AUGCUCUACCACAUACAUUCCUGCACCGAUAGCAUCAUGGUCACUCUGAUCCCACUGGUGAUCCUGAUCGUCUGCAGUCUGCAAAUCGCACGUGGCCUCAAGCAUUCGGAUCGUUUUCGACAGGAGCAGACGCAUCAGCAGCAACCCAAUGCGUGGAGUGAGGGUCAUAGGGAGAGCACCAGUUCCACCAGCAGUGUUGUACGACGUGUCAAACUGACUCGUGGCCUACUCAUUGUCAUCGUCACUUUCACACUGUUCAUGCUCCCCCUGGUGCCAGUGAGUAUAAUUCAAAUUGUUUCACACAACUUCUUCCCCUCCUCAUGCGUCUAUUUGAUCACUCUUCACAUCUGUUCGUAUGUGGCGGCACUUGGCUCGCAGUUGAACUCAACAGCCAACUUCUUUGUUUAUAUCGUCUACUGGGGUAAGUACCGGAGAUUGCUGCAGCAAAUGUUGGCUUGUAAACACACGAAACGAAUACAGUGACCCAUUGGAGAACUAAGGUGCAAUGAUUUCGUCCGCUGUUGAUACGCAGAAACGGUUCAGAGGCGGGGAUAUAGACCUGAAACGUCUGGCAUUAAGACGCUGAAUAUCCAUCGCUCAGAAUAAAUGACCAUUGCAGGCGCAUGCCUGUCUUCCCUCAAGUGUACUGAAGUACAUCAAAGACUGUUCUACAUUCCUUUCAUUCGCGUCCCCAUUUCUACACGGGUAUUGUUUGUACGUUGUACCUUUUUAUCGUUAUAAAUUUUCCAAUUCAACAUGUGCCUUGUAAAUUGUCUAGAUGGAGUGCAGUUUUAAGAAUUAGGUUUUAACCAUUUCCAAUUAUUGAACAUAUAACUGAUUUUUUUGAUAUUAACAUCUGGGUUAUUUAAGGAAUACCAGACCAAAAUAAAUGUAAGCGAGAUGUUCUCGUAGUCAUAUCAACAGAUAUACUUUCUGCGGAGGUCUAUCUAAAUCAGGACUUUUCGAAAUAUCCAGGCAUAUUCAAGUUUACAUUCUACGACUAUUUCCUUCGAGACUGUAUGUACUCGCCUCCCGAUGAUGGUGUAGACGGUAAGAUUACGGACUUCUGUGAAUUAUUUGCUAAAAUCAACAGGAACUCAACUGAAUCUCGAAUAAUCUUUCAAAAUGUCUUCCGUAGAAGUAAACUUCUUGUAUUUUCAUCCUAAUCCACACUGUCGCCCCAACAAAAUCCCCCUUUUUCCAUACCACGCAGGAUUCCCAAGGUCAGAACUUUUAA